CACAGACUCUACAUACUAACAGUCUACAAGAGUGGAUGCCUCAAUGAGAAGGUCUCCAGGAGACAUUAUGGAGUUAACACAAGCUGAUAGGCGGCAUUUAGACAAGAGCAAACAAGACACAGGCUCUUUAGGAAACAAUGAUGACUGCCUGACAUACGAUAGUGGGCGAGUUGCCCAUGACUUCAGCUGCAUCCACAGCAAAGAUCUGCUCCCUGCUGAGGAUGGAGAGGAAGCAACCAAGCACUUCCUGCAGGAGCUGGUAAACAUCUUGCUGGCCUACAUCAAUAAAUCCUUCAAACGCAGCUCCAAAGUUCUAGACUUCCACUAUCCUCACCAGCUUAAGGAAGGUCUGGAGGGAUUCAGCCUGGAGCUCCCUGACCAGCCAGAUAACUUGGAGCAGCUGCUGGUGGACUGCAGAGACACACUUAAAUAUGGAGUUAAAACAGGUCAUCCAAGGUUUUUCAACCAGCUGUCAACUGGACUUGACAUCAUUGGCCUGGCAGGAGAAUGGUUGACGUCCACAGCAAAUACAAACAUGUUCACUUAUGAAAUAUCCCCAGUCUUUAUACUCAUGGAGGAAGUAGUUCUGAGAAAAAUGCAUUCAAUUAUUGGAUGGCCAGAGGAAGAUGGAGAUGGCAUCUUUUGUCCAGGAGGCACCAUGUCCAAUCUGUACAGUGUGUUGUUGGCAAGGUUUCAUCGCUUUCCGGUGGUGAAGACCCACGGGAUGUCUGCGAUACCUCGCCUGGCACUGUUCACCUCCGUGCACAGUCAUUAUUCAAUCAAGAAGUCUGCAGCAGUUCUCGGCAUCGGCUCUGAAAAUGUUAUAGUCGUCAGAUGUGAUGAAAGGGGGAAGAUGAUCUCAUCAGAACUGAACUCCAGCAUUGAGACAGCAAAGUCUAAGGGUCUGGUGCCAUUCUAUGUUAAUGCAACAGCAGGAACCACAGUCUAUGGAGCCUUUGACCCUCUGAAUGAAAUAGCAGACAUUUGUGAACACCAUGGCCUAUGGAUGCAUGUGGAUGCAGCUUGGGGUGGAGGCUUGCUUCUGUCCAACAAACAUCGUGUGAAACUGCAAGGAAUUAAAAGAGCCCAUUCUGUGACCUGGAACCCACACAAGAUGAUGGGCGUCCCACUGCAAUGCUCAACCAUUCUAGUGAAGAGGAAGGGCCUCCUGCAGGAAUGUAAUCAGCUGUGUGCCGAGUAUCUCUUCCAACCUGACAAGCACUAUGAUGUGUCCUACGACACUGGGGACAAAAGCAUUCAAUGUGGACGGCAUGUAGAUGUCUUCAAACUGUGGCUCAUGUGGAAGGCAAAGGGUUCUGAGGGUUUUGAAGCACAGAUCAACCACUGCCUGGAAAAUGCAGAGUAUCUUUACUACAAACUGAAGAGGAGAGCAGACUUUCAGCUUGUCUUCAAAGGAAAGCCCGAACACAGUAAUGUCUGCUUUUGGUAUCUCCCAAAACGACUGCAAAGCACUCUUCCAAGCCCAGAGCGAGACAGAGAACUUCAUAUGGUGGCUCCAAAAAUCAAGACAAAGAUGAUGGAGGAAGGAUUCACAAUGAUUGGCUAUCAACCUCUGGAAGACAAAGUGAAUUUCUUCCGUUGUGUUUUCUCCAACCCAGCCACUCAGAGGGAGGACGUGGACUUUCUAAUAGAUGAAAUCGUUCGUCUGGGCUGUGAACUGUGAAAAUCUUUCUUAUAAAAAUCACAGGAUAAAUAUUUAUUUAUUUAUAGCCUUCUUUCUUCAUACACCUGAUUCCAGUUAUCAGUACAUA